AUGAUUCACGAGCCUCUUCACGGGUCAUGCUCUUGCGGCCGCAAUGAGUAUACCAUUCAGGUCCCCGAGGAUGUAGCCGACCAUGCGCAGGUCUACUUUGACACGGGUCGAGACAGUCGCCAAGUCCUCACCUCCUGGUUACGAGUCCCUCUCGAAUGGUAUCAAUCCCAUACUGUCUCCUUUUUCCCAGAUGAGACUCACACGUCCAUUCGUCGAGUGUUUACGCCGCACAAUGCGCCUCAGACUCGUCGGAUCUUUUGCGGAUUCUGCGGUACCCCUUUGACAUUCUGGACAGAGGAACCGGAUGACGAGGCCGAUUUUAUGUCAGUGUCCAUUGAGAGUCUGUCACGUGAGCAUCAACGGGCUCUGGAUGACUUGGGAUUACUUCCUGAUUUUGAGGAGGAGGAGGAGGACGACGACGAGGAAGUUGACGAGCCCAAGACCAAGAUGGCAAGGACCUCCGUCAAUGAGGCCGAGUCCGACGAUAGACCUUCGACUAUCGUCAUUCCAUCACGACAAAAAACAGAUCUCUCACGGUCUCAGAAUCGUGGUAUUAUCAACGGUAUUCCCUGGUUCGAGGAAUUGGUGGAAGGAAGCCAGCUUGGUCGUCUUAUUCGACAACGCCGUGGAGUUGGAAUCAGCCCUGACCAAUCCACUUCUAUUGAGUGGGAGAUUACUGAAGUCCAAGAGGGUGAUGUUGGCGAGUCAGUCAAUAGCAGUGAUGACUCGAACAGCUUGUCUACUGGAAAGAGGAAGCGAGAGCGUGAGGCAGAAACCGAGUCCUUGCCAAAGCGGCCAUGA